ACUUUGGUCUCCGCCAUGGCUACACAGAGUCUACUUUCCUCUUUCGUCACUUGACUAUGACUGACCUACCAUAGUUAGUUAGAUAGAGAGAGAUACGAAGACAAAGAAGAUAUUUUCUCAGCUGGGUUUCCCUUAAAUCCUUCUGGGUUUCACGAAACUGCAAGCAAAAUUGUCCCUUUUUACGAUUUGCGGCGGCGUUAGGGUUUCGUUUGGAUUUUGUGAUUCGUGAGUGUUAAAGCUUUUAGGGGAAGCAAAAAUGGUUAGGAAACAUGGUUGGCAACUUCCUGCUCACAAAUUUCAGGUGGUUGCGAUUACGGUGUUUUGCUUAUUGAGUGUUGCAUACUAUGCGUUUUUUGCUCCUUUUGUUGGAGGACGUAUCUGGGAGUAUAUUCUUCUCGGUGUUUACUCUCCUGUGGCUCUGAUUGUUUUCGUUCUUUAUGUUCGGUGUACUGCAAUCAAUCCUGCGGAUCCAGGAAUCAUGUCGAAAUUCGAUAGAGGUGCGAACAGAGGUGAUGAUUUACCUGCUGCCAAAGAUAUCUCGAGAAAAUUUGAUGAAACUGGCAGCCAGAUGCAGUCUUCGCCUUCGGUUGCUUCGAGGACUUCUACUUUACCUGCAAACUCUAGCGUGAAGGGUACUGUAGGAGAUGCUCAAAGAGUGGAAGAUGCUAAAAAAAAUUCUUGCUUUAAUCCUUUGGCGAUAUGCUGUGGCGUGUUUGUUUAUGAAGAUUGUCGUAGCAAAGAUGAGACGGAUGAACAGCAGGGGGAUAGGGAAGAAGCUCUGUUUUGCACAUUGUGCAAUGCUGAGGUCCGUAAGUUUAGCAAGCAUUGUCGAAGUUGCGACAAAUGUGUAGAUUGUUUCGAUCAUCAUUGCCGGUGGCUUAACAAUUGCGUCGGUCGCAAGAAUUAUAUGACUUUUAUAUCCCUGAUGGCUGUCAGUCUUCUCUGGCUCCUUAUUGAAGCUGGAGUUGGGAUUGCAGUUAUAGUGCGUGUGUUUGUUAAUAAAAAGGACAUGGAAACCGAAAUCGUCAAUAGACUUGGAAAUGGAUUUUCUCGGGCACCUUUUGCCACUGUUGUUGGUCUCUGUACUGCUGUUUCCAUGCUGGCAUUGUUUCCAUUGGGUGAACUUUUCUUUUUCCACAUGCUCCUCAUUAAAAAGGGUAUUACAACUUACGAGUAUGUUGUGGCAAUGAGAGCAAUGAGCGAGGCACCAGCUGGAGCUUCGAUUGAUGAGGAACUUCCUAACGUGCUGUAUUCUCCCUCUGGAUCUGCCACGACCGGCUUUAGUGGUGGAAGCUCCCUCGGUUUACCUUACAAGGGAGCCUGGUGCACUCCUCCUAGAGUGUUCGUUGAUUAUCAGGAUGAAGUGAUUCCUCAUUUGGACCCCAGAAUGGUUCCAUCAACCGUAGAUCCAGAUGCAGCUGAAACAGCAGAGAGGGGCAACAAGAUUCCAAAGAGACCUGUCAAAAUUAGUGCUUGGAAACUCGCAAAAUUGAAUUCAAAUGAAGCUACAAGGGCAGCAGCCAGAGCCAGAGCAUCCUCAUCUGUCUUAAGACCAAUAGAAAACCGUCAUUUACAUGAUGAUGAGCUUAGUUCCAGAAGUGGCACCAUCAGUGUAGUCAGCAGUGUAAGCACAGAAGCAAAUGGGGCUGUGUUGAGUAAAGAAAUAAGAAACAAUGAUCCAAGGUUGUCUCAUUCUAGAAACUCUUUUGCUCCAAGCCAAGGUAGUCGGGACGAGUACGACACGGGGACCCAUAGUGUGAGCAGUUUCAGCAGUCCAAGUCAUGUUCAUGAGACCGUCACACUUAGUCCUCUACCCCAGUAUCAUACAGCUGGCCACCGCUUCACUGCAGUGGCCGCGUCAAAUUCUUCCCGGCCACCUCUUAAUCCAGCAACUAAUCACAUGAUCCACUCAACCUUUGAUGAAAAGAUAAUGCAGAAAGGAAACCACGCUGAUCCACUGCUUCUCCCUGCUCCUGCAGCUUCUCUUCUGAGAGAUGUGAGAAGAACAUCAGUUGUUUGGGACCAAGAGGCAGGUAGAUAUAUAUCAGUUCCUGCAACAACAUCUGAGCCAAGAACUAGAUUAUCCUCACAGAACCAGCCAAUUCCUAGCUCACACAUGGGUAACACUCAGAAUCCAAGACCCGUUGUUCAUCCGCCUCAAGAUUCAUCGUCUGGAAAGGCUCCACCUCCGCAGCAGCAAGGAGAGAGACUGAUGUAUACAGGUGACUCAAUAUUCUUUGGAGGGCCCCUGGUAAAUAUCCCGAAUAGAGAUAGCCUAAGACACGAUGGAGACUCGGGAAGAGAGGGACAAGACAGAAUGACAUUGACAUUGCCUCGGGAAGCUAGAUUCAAAAGAGACACAACCUCAAACCAGCUUCCAGUGUUUGCUCCUGUAGGUACCCGCAAGUAAACCAUCACUCUUUCAAGGCUUAUAUCUCGCCGAUCUUAGACUGAACAAGGACAGGUAGCUUCUUGAGGGUCAGAGUUGGCUCAACUGUUGCAGGAAAGUCUCAAGGAUUGAUACGAUUGUGUGAAUCUCUUGGAUUUGUGAUCGAGAGAUUUACGGAUGAGUUGAUGAGGUAGAAAAUAGAAUCCUUUGUGAUAA